CAGUACCUACCAGCCUUACGUCCGAUGGCUUAACCGUGACACCACCGAGGCCGGUAUUCAUUUCUGUUGCAAAUUGUUUUGAAUCAGGCCACUAUAUGACUGAUCAACUAGAUUGACUGGCCUAAUUAAUCAUUUAACUUGUUUUUUUAAUAUGUUCGAUCUUAUUUUGUGUUUUUAGAUUCAGGCGUCUCAACGCCCAGUCCAAUUACUGAACAUCCAACUGACAAGUCAGAUGGCUUUGAUAUUCUACAUGAUGUGGCAUGGGAUACAGCAAUACGCAUGUGCCGUGAGCGUGGCCGGAAACUGUAUACCACUACAGAUACGUCUGCCCUAGGUGACGUCACGACUGGGUCAUAUUGGAUUGGAGGGAAAGUUCAGUAUAGCUCUUGGAUGUGGUCAGCAGAUAAAAAGUCUUUAUUUGAAUAUGCUGGAGAAAUGAAUGAGUCGUAUGCGACCUCUAGUCGUGUGUAUACACUCCUCUAUGUUAAUCAAGCAAGCCGCUGUUACUACGAAUGUCGACAGCAAAACAACCGUAAACCGAUGUUCGUUGGAUUACAGGAGAGCACGUGUUACUGUUUCAACAUGUUAAACCCAGGUAGUAUCACUACAGACAAUCAAACACGUCGUGGCUGUUUGGGCAACUUCAUGGAAUACUGCGGCACUAACAACACAAUAAGCAUCUACCGUCCAGAGCUGAUAAACAACUAUGCGUAUAUUACCUGGUCUUUGAAUCCUGACGGAACUUGAGCAUAUAUAACCCCAGCAGGAAACUUCAUUGUUAAAGCCGAAGACAAUUGUAUGACACAGAAAGGAUAUAUAUGCAACUGUUCAAACAGUGAGCUCUACAACACCUGUGUUCACCAUACAAUGGAUCGAAGUUGGUUUUCUGCGAACUCGUCGUGCACGUUAAAGACGCUGAAUGAAAACAAUGUGGAGUACAUAAGAACAAAAAUUAAUGGUGGUGUCUCGUACUGGAUUGGACUAAAACGCUCCAAGUAUAUUGUGUGGAUUGAUCGUGAUGAACUAGUGAAUACAGAAAUAAGUUACAACAUAAGCGGCUGCUUGAUGAUGCAGAAACGGCAAAGCGGUGACAUUUCAUUUCAUAUUUCUAACUGCAGCGAGCAGAAAGCAGCUCUUUGUCUUACUUAUUCAAGCUUCUCAGCGCCGAUUCCAAUUACUGAACAUCCAACUGACCAGUCAGGUUCCACGUAUCCGACAUCAAGUCCACUUGAUAAGGACAAACAUAAUCAGUCAG